UCACAAAUUGAUGAGUCUCCUCUUUGAAACAGCUGUGUUGUUGACACCUGGUGGACCUCGAAAUUUGUCUUUCAUCUCUAACCCCCACGAACACUCUUUACCAUUUUUUUCAAACUGUGAAAAAGGGUGCACUUUUUGGGUUUACAUAUAAGAAGAGACAUAGGAUAGUAUCAGGAUUGUGUUAAAUGAGAGAAACAGAGAGUCUUGGCUUGUGUUUUGAGAAUAUGUUGAUUUUUGGUGGUGGCGCCGGCGGAGGUGGUCGGUGGAGGAUUAGUGAAUGGAAAGAUAUACCGGCGGAGUUGUUGUUGAGAAUUCUUUCAUUGGUGGAUGAUCGGACGGUGGUUGUGGCUUCUGGGGUCUGUCAUGGAUGGAGGGAUGCCAUUUCAUGGGGCCUCACCCAUAUAUCCCUUUCUUGGUGCAAGAAGAACAUGAAUAAUUUGGUUCUAUCAUUUGUUCCGAACUUCACGAAAUUGCAGGUUUUGAUUUUACGACAAGAUGCACCACAGCUUCAGGAUAAUGCAGUCGAAACUAUUGCAAGUUACUGCCACGACUUGCAAGAACUGGACCUUAGCAAGAGUUUCAAGCUUACUGAUCACUCGUUGUAUACCAUAGCACAUGGUUGCCCAGAUCUUACAAAGCUGAAUAUCAGUGGGUGUUCUGCCUUCAGUGAUUCUGCUCUGGCAUAUCUCUCGCGAUUUUGCAGAAAACUGAAAUUCUUAAAUCUUUGCGGAUGUGUUAAAGCUGCAACUGAUCGGGCAUUGAAGGCCAUUGGAUUCAACUGUAAUCAAUUGCAGUCUUUAAAUUUGGGAUGGUGUGAUCACGUUGGUGAUGAAGGCGUGAAGAGUUUAGCAUAUGGUUGCCCUGAUCUGAGAGCCCUUGACUUGUGCGGUUGUCUUCUUAUAAGGGACGAGAGUGUAAUUGCGCUGGCGAAUAAUUGCCUUCACCUUAGAUCCCUCGAUCUAUACUACUGUCAGAACAUCACAGAUAGAGCAAUGUAUUCUCUUGCACAGAGUCGAGUAAAGAACAAGCAUGAAACUUGGGACUCUCCAAAGAACGAGUACGAGGAUGAAGGGCUGACGAAUCUGAACAUCAGCCAGUGCACUGCAUUGACUCCUCCAGCAGUUCAGGCACUAUGUGACUCAUUUCCAGCUCUUCACACAUGCCCUGGCCGGCAUUCCCUGAUCAUAAGUGGCUGUCUGAAUUUAACAUCUGUUCACUGCGCCUGUGCUGUGCAACCACACCGCGCUGCAAACUUGCUAUCUCAUCUAGCUCACUGAGAGCCGACUGCCUGGAAAUCUUGAGGUUUCCUUUUUCGACUGGCUUUUGCCUUGUUUGUUUGCAGUCUAUAUUCGAGGGAGAUUUCUGGUUGUUUAUGCAAAUCUUAGUUGUUGAACCUCAAAGAAUGCGUAAUGGAAAUGGUUUCUUUUAAUAUUUC